AUGUCGAGGCAGAACCAGCAGGACGAGCUGGAGUUUCCGCACUUUGCCCUGAUCUACAUCGAUCGGGACGGCAAUCUCCGCCACGAAGCCUCCCGCUCCAUUGCCGACAGCCGCGAAGCCAUUCUAUCCCCCCGAGUCACAAAUGCAUUUCUGCAAGCUGUGGCGCGGUCGAAUGAGGCUGUCCCGUCACAUUCCACAUGUAAGUUUGAACUUGGAGCCCCAACGCCAUCACCACCUCAAAGAACACCCAGUGGACAGAUCCCUCUCCGACCACAACUAAAUCGUGUUGUCAAUAUCCCAGAGGCCCCCGGGCCGGAAGGGCACGAGCGUAUUCCUGUGACCCCCGGGUCUACAAUUCAGCCGGCUAUGUGGCCGCCGCCGCCGCCAGCCCAGCAAGGACUGUGGCCUGCCUGGUCUAGACAGGGCACGCAACACCAGCAGCACCAGCAACACCAGCAACACCAACAAAGCAGGCAAAGAUCCUGGAAUGAAGAGCCCAGUAUGAGGAGCAACCAGAAGGCUGUAAUCUCAAUCCGAGACAAAGACUUCCUGCGCCAGUACUAUGAGAAAGUUUUCCAAAACUUACAACAGACAAAUUGUCGAGUCCUGGCAAAGGCCUACAUCAAGCUUGUCGAGCCCCGCAAGCAGGUCAACUACCCCUACAACGGGCGAAAGAUCGUUGCUGGUCGGACCCAACAGUUGGAGCCGGACGAGACCAAGCCGCCGUGGUGGCCCUCAGGAGUAAGCCAUCGCGAGCCCGACCAUCUCCCCAAGGCCGAACGCAUCAGACUCCUAGUGCAUAUCCUAUGCGAGUUACGCACCAGCCAUGGAGUCACUGCCCGCAGACUCAAAGAAGCAGACCAACCGAUUCGUCGCCAAAUCUCUCCGCUCGAGCGAUUACAAAUACUGGACGAGGUCUACCAAGUUAGAGAAGAAGAGGAGAAGUUUCAGGAGGGAGCGACCGACGGGAAAGCCCUAGUGUCGAUUUCGCGAGCGAAUCUGCCCGAUACAGUCGAGGUCAAUUUGAGCCCCGAGGAACGCAGCAGGAAAGGUUCCCCAACCGAAGAGCCUUUCACACACGAUCGAGAAACGAUAGCAGAAACCAUGGUUGUUCGCAGCGGCCCUGUCCGUGCCACUACGGCUACCCAAACCGCAUUUACGCCUGGCGAAAUCCCCCCGAACUUAAUCCCGACGAACUCUCGCCCUCCCUCCCAUAGCCCGAGCCAAUAUAUCAACCAAGAUCUACCUAUACAGCCCGUCUUCGAUCCCACAGCCUCUACAUCGGUGUCGCAGCAGGAACUGAAGAGAAAACGCCAAUGCGUGGAGCCUGGUCCCCCUACCGCUACAAGCCCUGACGCCGUGGGAUAUUUCCCACCCAUGUUUGUUGGCUCUCAACCAUUCAUGCCCGAGUCGUACGAAGAGCUCCGAAGCUUCCCGGCCCAAGGCGUUCCGACCACAGUCCCGCCCGACGCUGAACCAUAUGGGGAGAAUAUGGAUAGCUAUGCGUUUCCAUACUAUUUUGAUAACUAA